UGAUUCACCUAUGGGGAUGGCCCUUUUGAAUUCAUUCAGCCUUCUAUUACUUACAUUUCCUUUUUAUGUGUAACCGCCGCCUUUCAUUAGUUAGUUUAGUGUUUAGUUAGGACCAACAAAGUCGUUAGGUUAGUGUAUGCCGAUAGUGUUAGUGCUACCAAACUAUUAGCCCAAGCUGCACUCACGGUGCCUCCACCACAUCAGCAGUAGCCCACAGCGCGUGGUCCGGCGACCAUGGGGUCCGACCAGUCGACCUCUGCACAACGGAAUCCGGAGCCUCCACGCCCUGCUCCGCCAGUUCGGGAAUCAGAAAAUCGAAGUGAACAAUCCAGACCACAGCAUCAGAUCAAUAUUAUUUUCAGAGACGAAAGACUUGCUGAUAAUAAUGGAAACCGGAAUCUGUACCCCAGCCUCGACGGCAUAACAGCUGAAGUGCAAUCAUCGAACCCGGGACCUCGCAUAGCUGUUGAGUCUGCUCAGAGCCAGUCGGUGCUGAUCUCCCGGUCAUCACGCAAUGCACCGGCCUCUCAAGCAUCGAACCCGGGACCUCACAGAGCAGUAGAGUCCGUUCUAUCCCAAGGGGUAUUGACUUCUAUACAAUCACGCAAUGCGCCAAACUCUGAGUUUGAUAUUGUUGACUACAACGCCGCCCCUGAGCGAAUGCCGACGCCCUCUGCCCCUCCGGAGCCCUGCGAGCAGUCUCAUGGCAGAUCACGGUCAGGGCAAAGAGCUCCGCACAGGGCCAGAGUGUCCAGAGACAUCGCCUGCCCGACGUGCGACGAACAGUACGGCGUGGAUAUAUUCCAGUGCGCGCGCGGCCACAGCGCAUGCGCGUCAUGCCGGGCGCGCGGGGUGCGCUGCGCGCUCUGCCGGCAGCCGCUCACCGACACCAGGAACUACGCUCUACAGGACCUCCUGGCCAACGUAUGUGUUCAUUUCAUAUUAUUAAUAACUUGCUGUGCCCGCGAGCUAGGCCAGUGACUUGUGAGUCACGUC